UUCAAAAAUGGCGUGUGGAGAGUGAUUGUUGUUGUGAGCGGUAAUAUUUUAAUUAUAACUGUCAAAAAGUUGUGUUAUCGACGUUGUUGCUUUGUAAGGUUUUUCAUUGUACAUAUAACGAAUUUCGCGCACAAUCAUGAUUGGGAGUGGAGACUAUUGCGACAGAGAAGCUCUGAAGAGGAUGAUGAGUGAUUCAUGGGAUGGAAAAGCUGUCCCCUACUCGAACAAAUACGAGAUCGAGCAGGCAGUUAUGUCAAACCCAUUACUGCUGAAGCUAGAGCUACCUGAUAAAUCCAUCCUUGUGCAACGUUGUCAGCAACAGUCAAGGCUAAUGUCUAGGUCGAAAUCUGAGUCAUCGACGUUGUUCAUUGACGAUGUUUCUGAUUCCGAGUGUGAGCUGGAACUCACGGGGUGCCCUCUUGAGUGGCCAAUGGAAUCGAAAAGCUUUUCACUGAUGGAAUCGCCACCGUACGAAGACGCCAGCAAAAACUCAGAGUCAUCCGUGAGGGAUAAGCUGCGUGCUCUUCCUGCCGAUGAAGCAAGGACAGUACUAAAUGCUGUGGUCAGUAUGCUUGGCGUGUGCGGAUACGCAACCGAAAUCGACCCAGUAUGGGUGGCUUGUGAUGGGACGGACCCUCAAUAUACUGCAUUCCUGGGUUACCACAAAGGAGGCGGAGCCUGCUCCCGAGCUAUAGUCACUUGCAGAGGUCCCAUUGAAAGCAAAGAAGAUCUCCCUACCUAUGGCUGCAUCCAGAGGAAACACUUCUGGGGAUUGUCCCAGUCUCAUUCUCACACGACAAUGCACGUUCAUGCCAAAUAUGAUGUCCUCCAACACUAUGACCCGAUGAUGAGGGUGAGCAGCGAAGAAAUAAUGAUGCUUGAAUGCUCAUGGAACAAAGCAACGACCCUGCUCCAGCCCCCGCUGGCAGAUUCAACUUGUAACCUUACAAUCCAGAUUCUGCCAGGAAACGACCGCAGUCCAACGAGAUGUAUAUAUAAAGAACUCUCAAUCUUAAAGAGGCUCGUGGACAGUCUGAAGACGGGAGAAGUUAUAUGGGCACCCGACAUGUCAGGCCCGCCUUUUUUGGAAAAAGUGAAGAACAUGCUGAAAGGAACACGGAAGGGUAGCUUUCGGGGAAAAUCGGGAACUCCAUUCUUGGACGUUGGGUGGAAUUCCUCUGACUUCGACCUCUACAUCGAAACAGUGGUGGUGGGGAAGCGGCAAAUUGUAGACUUCACUGAUGAGAUGUGGAACAUUCUCUCAGGCUGCUCGUCAUUUCAAGAACUGAAAGAUGGGCUUACCCUUGUGUUUCGAUCUGUGCAGGCGGGAGAGAGCAGGCCUCUUAUAGUCCACAAGAACCAGACUACGGUGGGAAACAUCCUGCGCGACAUGAGCCAGCAGUUACGUCCAGAACCAGCCAUGAUGGGCAUCACACCACUGCGUAUGCUGGCUGAGCUGGGGUUACAGAAACUACAAAGAGACUACCUCAACAUCUUUGUUGGUUUGGAGCUGGCAAGCCCAGACCAGCUGAACCCAUUCUUUCUGUCCCCCGGGGACCUUGCUGUGGCGGUGGCCGAGCUGUACAAGCUGCAAGCGGUCCUGGACAUGGUGAUGCUGUGUAAGACCUACUUGCACCUGCCCAUUCACUACCUCAGUGGGUACACUAGGGAAGCCCUGAAAUAUUUCAGCAAUGCUGAUAGAGGGAACUACAUUCACAAGUUCAAGUUUCCGGUAAAGGUGCCUGUUGUCAGGGUGGUGCUUGAAAACGUAUCUCCCAUGGAGUGGACGGCUUCGAUGAAAAGCCGUCAGGGAAACUAUACAGCUCACACUAUUACCCACAUCAGUACAGUUCCGCCCUUUGAUCACCUGAUCUCGGAAAAGACAUUUGAAGCGGCAAGGCACUCGAGGGAACCAGAUUAUUAUUGCACUAUCAUCUCCUGCACACAAGACAAGUUGAGAUAAGUCCUGCGCACAUAAGUUGUGAUAUCUGUACAGUGAUUUACGAGGGAGUGUCCAGGGGAGCAUCAUUGCAGAAUGUGUCCACGGCAAGCAGUUUUGGCCCUACUUCACGAAUGAGUAUCCUCAGCAGCGGAAGAUUCCACAGUGUUUCGACAACAUCUUACACGUGCGACUGAUACAUAAUCAUUCUUGACAUCUCGCUUAAUGGCUGUAGUAUAUUUGAUAUUGAUUAUUGAUAUAAUGAAUGGUAUUAUUUAGCCGUUGCUGAAUCCUGUGUGUCCUGCUAGAGUAUCGUAAUUUGGCUCAAAAUUUGAUUCAAGAUUGCAUUGUUAUCAAUGUCUCCUUUUGGUCUGUCCGCUUAUCUGUUCAGCUAUAAAUAUUUGAACUUUCACUUAAUUUUUUUGCUUAGGAAAUCUACAAGAGAAACAAAUUAGUAUUUAUCGAAAUAGUAUGAACAAACAUUCAUGCAAUCUCACAAACUUAGAAAAGCUAUCCACAUAGCACUGCACAAAAUGCUUACUAGUCCACUAAUAAAACGUGUGUAAGACUAAAAUAGUUUGUGUAACUGAAAUUAUAGUUGGUCAAAAUUAAAUGAGAAUUAUUUAGCUGUUUCUGAUAGAGUGCUAUGCCUACAAUGGAAUUUAAGCGGAUGUGAACCAAUUCGUAUUUAGUACUCAUUUGAAAGUUGGAAUGAUGUUCACAACUUUGCAGCCUAACUCUUCAAGCAUUAUAUGCCUCUAGUUUUUUAGCUGUUAUGAUUGUAUGUGUGUAACUGACUGGAUAUCUAAUUAGUUUUUUUACCUGGUCAUGUGUAUGCAAAUCAGCUGUGUUUCUUAAAUAUUUGCUAAAAUUUCAUGAAUUGUGCUCGAAAUGUAUUUUCCUUAAUUUUCUAUACCACCUGGUUUGAUACUACUUGCUUACUACAUUUCUUUACUCUAUACAAAACAUCAGUUUUUGAUGUGGAAGAAGCAUUUCGUUAUUUUGGGCUCAUUACAUUUCACUUUUGGCAAACUACUGUCAUGCCUAGCUCUAGGUGUAAAAAGACUCAUAAUAACAGUAUUGUCCCACUGUCAGUGGCAGAACUAUUGCGGCUGUAGUUUGAAUGAAACAUUCACAGCACUAUCAUGCACGUAGUCAGAUGUAGUGUCCUUCAACUCAUCUGAUAUGGCCACAUGUGGAUCUCUGCUGUUCUUGUGAUAGUGCUGUCAACAAACCUCAGUAACUGUCAACAGUUUUUGGCCGUACUGCAUUUUUAGCUACGUGUAAAAUGCGUUUUUUUUUCUGCUGAGCAUUGUAGCGCCUCACAUCGAAAGGGAAGAGGCAUGCGAAGGAGAUCCAUCAAAUUUUUUAAAAAAGUUUCUUGGCUUGGAAAGCACAAAAAGUGUUUAGGUGUGUUAAAUGUUACUAGUAAUAAAUUUCUGCAUGUCAUUCUUUCAGUUCAUGGAAGCAAAGAUAUCAAGUAGGAACUACUAUAGUAGGGCUUUCCUGCGCCAUCUUUCUUAGUGACAUCACUACAAAAACUGUACAAUUAGAGCUUGGUAUAUCUGAACACCUUAGUGGCACACUUGUUUUGCCAUACUUCUACUAUUAAGACAAACACGAUCAAGCUUGCAAUUCUUCACUUGGUUGCUUAGUUACACAUUCCAAAAGUGUCAAGAAACACUGCAGCCUAAAAGCUCUUUCCAGGUCAUUUGCACCGGUUCUGAGCACGAUGUGUACAUUGUCAUUGGAUCGCUCAGUCCCUGUCCAAGGUCCAGUGGCGUUGUAGGUCCAGUGGAGUCGUAGGUCCAUGGAACCGACUUUUAGACAUGUAUCCCUGUGUUACUGACAUAUAGAGCGCAGGAGGUGUCAUUACCACCUCAAGUCCAGCAUGAACAUCUAAGUUCUCAACACCUUCUUUCUGUCAUUUGCAAAUUAGACUCCGUGCCACAGUUUCGUCAGAGGAGGAGAGUUAAAGGGGCAGUAAACAGGGCCCCCAAACAUUUCACAAAUAAUGGUACCCCAUGAAAGAACGCAGGUCACAAUACCCUAAUACUAUACAUUUCAUUCGGCUCGUGCCAGUUCAGUGACCCACAUAAACGCUUUCAAAGAUGAGUAACCCGCGCGCCUCUCUCCACCACGCAUACGUCGCAUGGCUACAUAUCCUUUUGCCGUCCAGUCGGGGGGCCCGAGCUCCACGCCCAGGAGGGACGUGACGUUUCAGAUUUUCAGAUAAACGGGCUUCAUUAUCAGCUGUGAGGUGGAGUGCUCCGUUUGUUUCUGUGGAGCUUUUGCUUUUCCGUGGUUCCAAAAUUCAGCGUCAUGACAUUUCCAACAUCUCUGAGUGGACUAAGCAACACUGGGCGCCUAAUUCUGACGUAAACGUCAACAAUUGAGCUACUGUCACGUCACGCAUUUCGAACCUGGUUACCUCCCAGUCACGACGUGACAUGCUAACCACUAUAAGCAAUAUGCUAACCACUGGGCCACACGAGCCGGUGACGCGUUGAAGCCGCAAUGGUGGCUCAAACCAAAGUACGGCAGCCCAGCCGUCGGAACCAGUCGAAGAUCACGCACCUGAGAUUCCAAAACUGUAACGCCGGAUAUUCAUUCGCGCUCGCUGAGUGCUGCGUGCUACUGCGCUGAAAACGUCGUACGCGUGUGAUAUUUAUAUUGAACGCAUUUCUUCUCCGGUUUGAGGUUGUAACUGUUUAGAUUUUGAACAGAAUAAGACCCACAUUCACCUAGUCAAUUUCCGCAAGUGAAAUAAAAUCGUGAAAUAAAUAGCGCCACAUCAAAAUGACGUCAAGUUAGAUCGCGGGGUGGAGCUAGAAAGCGAAAGUAUGCAGCGAAUAUUUCAUCUGCAUGCAAGCGCCUAUUGGAUUUGAGCGCUAGUAAUUACAAGGAGCUUUUACUGCCUAAGUUGCAAUAAUAUACGGCAGAGAAAUGCGCACCUUGUAUACCUGUUUACGGCCCCUUUAAUGUCUCUGUAGCUUGUGAUUAUGUGUUUUAGGAAGUUUCUCUGCUCAAUUACUGUCAAGAUAGAGCUAGUAUACUUCGCAGUUACUGAUAUAUCUAGUUGUUCUUCCAUUUUGAUAUAGUAUAUGCUUAGCUUCUGCUUAAUGGUGUCAGCUCUUGAGUACAUGUCAUCAGUCUGUUUCUCUUGCCAGCUGCUACUCGGCUGUUUCAAGCUUGUCUGCAGUUAGAUGGAGGCCGUUGCUUAUGGUUUUAGCUAUCUAGUAGAAGAUAUAUAGUACUUCAUAGCAGCAGUAUAGGGCUAAGUAAUAUUUUAUAUUGCCAGUCCUCAGUAUCAACUGGAACUAAACAUACGUGGAUGCAAGCUCUGUUGUCAAUUCGAUGACUGUGUCCACACCAGUGUGUGCAAAUGCACAUAUUUCUGCAAAUAGAAAGUUUAUUUCCAAAUUAUCUGAUGCAUAUCUGCUAACAGUCUUAACACUUCAAGAGGACAUGGCUGUGAAUUGUUCACAGAGUCUUCCAGUGUGUUACUAUGCUCUCGCAUGCAAAUUUGGCCAUGUUCGUAUAUUUGGAACAAAUUGCAAAUGUCGCACCAGAAUACAGUGCGAAGUCAAGAUAGUUUUCCACCAAAAAUGAAUGAGUCAAGACGAGAAAAGAAGAAAUAUGUUGGGCCAUCAAUCGGAUAUGAAUAUUCUACCUGUAUCCAUUUUUGCCCAGGUAUAAGUCUAAGCUUGACAUCUGUGUAUGACAGAUUGCAGCACAAACAUCACAUGAGAUGGAGACUGCACCAAAAAGCUACCAUAGUUGCAAGCGCAGCAAAUAAUUCCUAAUUCUAUAAGCAAUCAGACAUGUCCAAUGCGCUGUCGUGCCAUUGGAUAAGAAAUUGCGAUACAUUUUGAACGUGGGUGACUUCUAAAGCGACCCAGCUGAAGUAUGUGUGUCAUGUGUAAAGCUUCGAUGGCAUGUGCCAUCAUUAACCACAUCUGUUCCAGGAUUAGUUGAGAUAGGGAACUGAUCACGGAAAUAUGUAUCCGAGCCACUGAUAUGAGCAAAGGGGCUACCACUUGUUGUAUACAAGAGAAUCAAGUCAUCCCAGUACAAAUGUUCACAUCAUUAUAGCUGUGGUAUUCCCUCUCCAACUUGCUACGAAACCCCUACUUAUUGUGUCCAUUGAAUGCUGUUGAGAGAAAAUGAUGGCUACAGUGGAGAUCGUAAAUACUUCGAUAGACUGUUUUUGGGUUGACCGUUAUGGGUAAACUGAAAAAGAUUAACCGGUAGAUCUCCUGGCUUUGAUAGUGGAAAUGUCUGUGGGAAAAAUCAGACUUAGGUGUUUAAAGCAGAUGCUGUUUAUGCUCUUUGUGUGUUAGCACAGAAACCUUUUUUUUUCACCUCGUGAGUAUGAGCAGAUGAUCAUCUUCAUUUUCAGUCCACUCAGGAAAAGGCCGAGAAUCAAGUGAUCAUUUUAAUGACUUAGCUUUGUGCAUGAGGAUUGCGAACAUGAACGAAUAUUCGUAGUAUUCGGUCCAGAUGAUCCACUACACUGCCCUUGGGAACGACAAAUUACAAAUAAAUGGUAAAGUGCUAUGUUGCGCAGUCCAUUAAAACACACACGCAUGGCGAGGCAGCAUCAUACUUGUGGAUGCAGACUACUGCUAUCCUGGGACAUUAUUUUUGUAUGUAAGGUGAUCACCUGCUCACGACCACAUUUCUAGAUGUGGAAUUCCCAGUAGACCUCUGCCUCAUACUUGUGCUGUGUCUCAAGGUCUCAAGUCACCGCUUGCAGUGGUUGUCGACGUUCCGAGGCAUAGUGCUUCAACAUAAAUCCUGCUUUCAUGGGCUCCACUAUAAUGUGAUUCAUGUGCAGUGCCAAGCACAGUUGGUCAAUGAUUCUGUAAUGAAAGCUUACAAUAAGGAGGAAAAAAAAGAAAAGACUGUUAUUGUUCUACCAUGUGAAGCAGUCUUCUUUGGUUGUUGCCAUGCAGCAGGCUCAGGUUUAAAUCUUUGCCCGAGUGGACAUGCAAGCUGGAAAGGCACAGGACUUUAUGGCUAUAUGAUAAAGGCUGAUUUUUCUUUGAGAUUUGCUCUGUCAUAAACAGUCUGUCAACUAUGGUCGCUACUGUGGUCGUCUACAGGUAAUCUUUUGGCCACAGCAUACAGUAUUUACACUUAUUUAAGCUAGAAUAUAUAGGAUGUCGAACGAGUGGAUAUCAUUUAAAUCUUAAAAACAGGUUUUGCUGCAUGAAAAUUUGAAAGUACUUGGGAUACACUCAUAAAGGUUUUGCCACACAUUACGGCAGUUUGCAUUGGUUUCACACAUUAAUUGAACUAAUUUGUUUAAUUAAACUAGAAAAAUCGCCAAGUGAAGGUAACAUUUUUCUUCAAGAAUUUGAAAACUAGUGGCUAAACACUAUUCCCCGAAGACUUCGAGGGUUUUCACCAAAUAUCUCGGAAAUAUUUUACGCUACAAAAUCUGUUGGUCGUCGAAGCACACUCGCUGUAAUUUGGGUUUCCGUAGCAGGCAGUAUAUGUCACGACAUGUUUUUCUGCGUUUUCAGAAGAAAUAAAUUGUUCUCUUUCCACACUGUCUCAUACUCCUCUCACGCAGGUCGUCUUCAAUGAUCAUUGAAACCAAUGGCCAUUGAACAUGCACGUGGCGCCACCUAGCGUGUAACAUAGAAACUUCUCAAAUUGCACUGUAUAAACUGCUCCCUGACAGGUUGAGACAUUACAGGCUUGGUGGCGCUACGUGCAUGUUCAAUGGCUGUCGGUUUAUGACCAUGGAAAAGUGCCCGUGUGACAAGGGGUAUCAUUCGGUGUCAUGCAAUGCAUCAUUAUCAGCAAGACCCAGAUGAUGACACCGAUGUCGAUACAGACAAGAGGGCUGUUGCCUCUUUUCUUUUUAUUUGUAUCUUGUAAAGGGUCCUUGGGGCGGAGUGAGCAGUUCCGCAAACGCAAAUUUCGGCAAGAACGCUGUGGCGAGCAAAUGAUUUUAUGGUCUCGAAUUUGCGUAGCAAUAACAUGAAAAACCUGCGGAUUUUUGUGGGAAUGGUGCGUUGUGGCAACAGCGUUUUGAAUUCUUGAAGAGGAAUUUUCUCGGAGAGUUCUCAAUUUGCCGGACGGGGCUGGGGCUUGAUGACCCCUCUCUUUCCCACCGCAAAUGCUUCAGGUUGCAGGGUACUCUCCCCAUUUUAUGCGCAGAGAUCGGGCAGGGCGUCUAGAAUUCCACGUUCACUCGCACGAAGCACGCAAUUCUUAAGAUACCCCUGAGACGUUCGUCUUGAGUGUCCGCUGGGUAGACUUCUGGGGCCUGGCCCCACAUAAAAAAAUUUCAAGCCCCCCCCCCCCGCCACCUUACAGAUAGCACCUAGGGUAAAGUACUUUUCUUCUGGAUUGUAAUGUGGUGUCUUCAUAGAAUAUUUUAACGCUAAACGUAAUACGUAUUGGAUGCCACUCUCCACCUGGUUGCACACACUAUUUGCUAGCAAGCUCGGAUGUAUUUGGCCAUAGCUUGUGCGUGUUUAGUCCACUUUUGUCCCGUUUCAAUCUCUUUCACAUCUAGCAUAGUCAUAGCUAGCUUUCUCUUACAGCCACAUUCCAGCUUAGCUAUUAUAAUGCUGCAGAUUCCUGCAAUAUUUUGUCCACUUGCUAUCCAACUGUUCUUCCGCCCGUUCUGUGAGAAAAAAGAAAGGAAUAGAAUAAAGAAAUUGGCCAGACAGAAGUUUUGUCUCGCAGUCAGCAUUUUCUGUUACUGCUGGAAUAACAUGGUUAAUUACAGGAAAAGCUGUUCCCGAUGUUUGACUUUAGCGGAAAAAGACUUGAAGGACAAAGGAACGUUCGUGCACGGUAGCCUAAUCAGUAUUUAUUGAGUGUGAAGAACAUGCAUUGGUACAUACUAUUGUAUUUCGCAGUUGUGUGUUCAUCAUCUUAUGACUCUUAAUAUUCCAACAUGUACAUAUGUAAAUUGUUGCGUCCUUAUUGCUUUUCAAUGAGUAAAGGUGUGUACAUGAAGUAAUGAAGUCGUUCAGUGAGUUUUAAUGUAUUUCUAACAAUGCAUAGAAAUCUGUUGUUCUCAGUGCUGAGUAUAGACAAUUAAAAUGACAACAACAAAACAUGCAACACAGGCACUGAUCCAUCUGUUACAGGCAUGUGUCCUGUGUUGUGUAAUUUAUUGUCGUUUUUUUUAACUGUCUUACCCAACACUGGGGCUUUUUCAUGCUUUAACCAUGCACCAUCCAGCCCAAAUUCUCACUCAUAUUCUAAAAGUUUAUGCUUUGUCGUUCAUAAGCAUCUGAACACUUCGUUCAAAUAAUGAGGUGCAAUAAAUGUUAAGCAAUAAUGUGCAGUCUUGUUGCACAGAAUUCUUCAUUUGUGUGGAUCAAGGAUUCUGAGUACAUUCUGUCAUACUUUCUUCAUUAAUGUUCCUUAUUACUGAUGCCAAAGCUGCAGGUUGUAUCUUUUAAAUAUGGUGCAUGCAAUGAAAACCCUAACAAUUAUACGAAGUAUUGGGUACAUUCUUCCUUUUAUACUUUCUUUAUGAAUGUUCCUUAUUAUUGACACCAAAGCUGCAGGUUGUAUCUUUUAAAUAUGGUUUUUAAACAAGAAUAUGAAACAUAACUGCUUCUAAGGUUUGUUAGUCAGUUGUGGAAUGAUAAAGGACAAUGCAAAUAUGACGAAAAUGCUGCAGUUGUGUUCUUGUGCCAAUCCAUCAACAUGUGUUAUCUUACAUUAAACACACAUCUCUUGCUGUUUUUAUAGUUGAUACUUUAUUUGGUACUCGGUUUUGCAUUUAUAUACCUCGGAUAACGUUUGUGUCUCAGACAAAGAAAUGUCAAACAAGAGUUGUGAUGCUGCUUUGUUUCGUAUUGUCUUUCGUAGAGCAUUCAUCUGUGCUCCUGUACCAUGCUUGCUUCUCAGUACCGUAUUUUAUUGCCCAUGUUGAAAAAUAACGCAGCUAACAAUUGCAGCGAAGCCCCUGCGUGUCGAGGGUACAGAACAGCAUGUUUACUCAACAAAGGUAUUGAUUAUCUUCGAUCUUAUUAUCCAGCAAGAAAAACUGUUGAUGUUGUAUUCGGCGAUCAAAACGCAUCGUUGAGCAAAAGGUUAUCAUAUGUACAAAGUAAAAACCAUUGUGAAAUUAUUUUCGUGUGCAGCACUGUUCACACCGAUAAAGACAUUCUUCUUGGA